GUGCAGGCUCAGGUGAGCGUCUCUCUGGCCGUGGCUCAGGCUCUCGCUGACGACGUGGAUUGUCACGUGUUUCCAUUCAGAGAGUUCGGAAAGGGACAAAUCAAGAAGCUCCGAGUCAGUCCGGACGCUCUGAUCCAGAUCGGACUGCAGCUCGCCUACUACAGGGAUCGUGGUGGUUUCUGUUUGACUUACGAGGCGUCGAUGACCCGUCUGUUCAGGGAGGGUCGGACUGAGACCGUGAGAUCUUGCUCCAACGAGAGCUGUGCCUUCGUCAAAGCUCUGGAGGCUGGGGAGGCAGGAGAGCAGUGCAGACAUCUUUUCCGUCAGGCGUCAGAAAGACACCAGAAUCUUUACCGGAUGGCGAUGACCGGAGCGGGAAUUGACCGACAUCUUUUCUGUCUCUAUGUCGUGUCCAAAUACCUGGGCGUCGACUCACCUUUCCUCAAAGAGGUGCUUUCGGAGCCGUGGCGUCUCUCCACCAGUCAGACUCCGGUUCAACAGAUGGAGCUUUUCGACCUGAAGAAUAAUCCAGAAUUCAUCUCUCUGGGCGGGGGCUUCGGACCGGUUGCUGAUGAUGGUUACGGAGUUUCUUACAUCAUCGUUGGAGAAGAAAUGAUCAACUUCCACGUCUCGUCCAAACACUCCUGCAGCGAAACU